GAUGCCGGAGCGGAGGGCGGGAUGCCGGAGCCGUGCCGGGCGCUCGGGGCUCUUUCCCGGGCCGCUCCGGCUCCGGGCCCGCCCGGCCAAAGUCCUGCGCCAUGAGCGGGGCCCCGGGCGGCCGCCGCCCGACCUUCCCCGGGCUCCCAGGUAGGGCCGGGCCGGGGUUUUUGGGGAGGCUCGGGGCUCUCGGAGCCCCGCACCCAGUGUCGGUCCCCGCAGGAGAACGGGUGCUCGAGGAGGCGGCGGGCGCCCGGCGGCGCUGCGGGAACGGCGGCGGCUCCGUCCCGGGGACGCUGCUCUGCACCAACCGCCGCCUCGCCUUCCUGGCCGGCCAGGCUCCUGGCUCCCGUGGCCUCCUCCACUCCGAGGACGAGGUGGCCCUGCCCUGCAUCCACAAACUGGUGGCAGCCAGCAGCUUCUCCAAGCCCAAGGUGCUGACGGCCGCCUCCACCCUCAAGUUCAUCCCCGAGGAACUCGCCGUCUUCUGUCGGGAUUUCCGCCUGCUCCACUUCUACUUCCCCGAGAGCGGCCGGGCUCCGCAGGCGUUCCGGGUGGCCAACGCCAUCGCACAGGCGCGGGAGGCGGCAGCGCGGCUGGGGGAUGCUGCCGAGGCACCCGAUGGCUGCGCCAGCCCUGGAGAAACCACCCCAGAGGAGGAGGAGGAUGAGGAUGAGGAGGAAGGCUCGUCCACCGUGCUGCUCUUCGAGAGCCUGCGGGACUGGGAGAAGGAGCUGCAGCGUCUGGGCGCUGCGGGCUGGAGGGUGAGCGCCGUCAAUGAGCGCUUCGACAUGGCCCCGAGCCUCCCCCAGUACCUCUGGGUGCCCAGCGGCCUUCUGGACCACGACCUCAAGAGAACUUUUGGCCACUUUCAGGAGCGACGGGUGCCUCGCCUGUGCUGGCACCACCCGAGUGGGGGGGACCUGCUGCGAGCCGCCGGCUUUCACCCGGCCUCAGAGCCAGGCAGCGAGGACGUGAGGUGCCUGGAGGCGCUGCUGCUGGGGGACCGCGGGCCCUGCGUGUUGGCCGACACGGCCGAGCUGCCCACGCUGGCCGACAUCCAGCUCGCCCACCUGAGGCUGCGGGAGCUCUGCCUGCCUGGCGCGGUGGCAGAGGAGAAGUGGCUCUCGGCCCUGGAGGGGACACGCUGGUUGGACCACGUCCGCUCCUGCCUGAGGAAAGCAGCGGAGGUGGCGUCGCUGCUGGCAGGGAAGCGCUGCUCCGUGGUCCUGCAAGAGCCCUCGGACCGGGACCUGAACUGCCUGGUGGCCUCCCUGGUGCAGCUCCUGGGGGACCCGCACGCCCGCUCCCUGCCUGGCUUCCAGAGCCUGGUGCAGCGCGAGUGGGUGGCAGCCGGGCACCCCUUCCCACGCCGGCUGGGGCUGCAGUGCCAGGACAGCCCUCGGGAGGAGGCCCCCGUGUUCCUGCUGUUCCUGGACUGCACCUGGCAGCUCCUGUGGCAAUUCCCGGCGGAUUUUGGCUUCACUGAGGCUUUUCUCCUGGCGCUCCACGACAGCAGCUUCAGCCCCUACUUCAGCACUUUCCGCUUCAGCUGCCAGCGCCAGCGGGGCCACAGCGGUGCGCCCCGGCUCCCCAGCCAGAUCUACCGGCCCAUGGGGGGCUGGCAGGACGCCGGGGGGCACAGGGGAGGCCCCCAGCCCUGCAGCUUCCCCCCGGUGUGGGCAUGGGGCCGGCGCUACAGCCGGCAGCAGCGGGAGCAGUUCCGGAACCCCGCGGGACCCCCGGGCCCCACCGAGUCCCGGACCCCCGGCACGCCCGCAGACCCCUGCCCGUGGCGGGGUGCCAGCCUGGUGCUGACGCUGGCCAAGGGCUCCCUGUGCGCUCACCCCCUGCCCUGGUGGGGCCGUCCCCCAUGGCGGGGGUCCCCCUCAGACAGCCAGGGGACACAGGGGGGGCUCCUGGGGACCUGCCAGCCCACCCCGGGGCUGCUCCUGCCCUGCACCGCCGGGCCCUGCGUCCGCCUCUGGCACCGUUGCUACCUCAGGGGGCUGCCCCAGGAACAGCGCGGGCGCUUGGCCCCAUCGCUGGCCGGGCUGGCUGAGGAGCUGCAGCUGCUGCAGGACCGUCUCCACACCUGGAACCUGCAGAGACCCCACUGAGGCCUGAGGGCACCGGAGCCCACCCAGCCCCGCUCGGGGGCUCUCAACAGAGAGCUGCUCCGGCUGCUCCCGCCACCUCCGGUUGCUCGGCGGUGCCGGGAAGGCCGAGCGGCGGCUCCCGAGGUGUCCCCGCCGCUGCACGGGCGCUGCGGGCUCUCGGUUCCCCAUUAAAUCUGUGCUGCCUCCA